AUGGAACUAACAACCAGCAACAACCAGGUGGUGUAGGACAACCAGGUGCUGGACAACCAGGUGCUGGACAACCAGGUGCUGUAGUACAACCAGGUGCUGGACAACCUGGUGCUGUAGUACAACCAGGUGCUGGACAACCAGGUGCUGUAGUACAACCAGGUGCUGGACAACCAGGUGCUGGACAACCAGGUGCUGGACAACCAGGUGCUGGACAACCAGGUGCUGGACAACCAGGUGCCGUAGUACAACCAGGUGCUGGACAACCUGGUGCUGGACAACCAGGUGCUGGACAACCAGGUGCUGGACAACCAGGUGCUGGACAACCAGGUGCUGGACAACCAGGUGCUGGACAACCAGGUGCUGGACAACCUGGUGCUGGACAACCAGGUGCUGGACAACCAGGUGCUGGACAACCAGGUGCUGUAGUACAACCAGGUGCUGGACAACCAGGUGCUGGACAACAACCAGGUGCUGUAGUACAACCAGGUGCUGGACAACCUGGUGCUGGACAACCAGGUGCUGGACAACCAGGUGCUGGACAACCUGGUGCUGGACAACCAGGUGCUGGACAACCAGGUGCUGGACAACCAGGUGCUGGACAACCAGGUGCUGGACAACCAGGUGCUGGACAACCAGGUGCUGGACAACCUGGUGCUGGACAACCAGGUGCUGGACAACCAGGUGCUGGACAACCUGGUGCUGUAGUACAACCAGGUGCUGGACAACCAGGUGCUGGACAAUCAGGUGCUGGACAACAACCAGGUGCUGGUGGACAACCAGCUGGAGGACAACCUGGUGCUGGACAACAACCAGGUGCUGGUGGACAACCAGCUGGAGGACAACCUGAUGGUGGACAACAACCUGGUGCUGGAGGACAACCUGAUGCUGUAGUACAGCCAGGUGCUGGGGGACAACCAGAUGUACAGACUCCAGUCAAGGGUGAAAAGAUUUUCACGUUUUUAACGGCCACGAAAAAGAAGCUUAAAGGUCACGUGCUGGUCACGUGGGACGUGCAGGACAUCUACCUGGACGACAAGAUCACCUACACGCUGGUCACAGAGUACUCACGCAUCGGAGACUGUGCCACUGUGACCAGCCUAGACAGACAGGAGAUUCCUUUGGCGGAGAGAAUUCGAUCUUACGAGCUGGUUGGGAUUCGAACCUGGUCCACUUUGUUUAUCACGUUAAAGGGUGUGAGAGAUGACAACACAGCUGAUCAGAUCACACAGACGGUUGUCACACAUGAGACAGUUCCGACCGGCAAAGUGACCGGAAUAAAGCCGGUUUCCCUGCAGCCGGAAACAGCUCAGUUGACCUGGAUGCCGCCGGCCUGUGAACAGAGGGGCGGGCUACUCACCCGGUAUGACGUGGAGUAUGGCACCUUGGCGAACCCCAGUAGCACUCUGCCUGUGACCACCAAAGUGGACUUUGUCCUGCUAACUGGCCUCACAGCCUACACCAAAUACCACAUCCGGGUCCGCUACGUCAACACUGAAGGUGAAGGCCCUUUCAGCGAUUUCUUCGACUUUGACACCAGCCAAGGGCCCGCCGGCCAGCCUAUGGUGUACAACUUCACAUACGACGACAUCUCUGUUGGGAUCAUCAUCGUGUCGCCCGUCUUGCCCAAUGGUCAGAUUGAUGAGUAUAACAUCCAGAUCACAGGUGGCAAGUUCUCCAUGGCGAAUUUAUUCACCGUGGUCAACGGGACGGAUUACGUCAUCGGCGGACUCACCCCGGACACGAGCUACUACAUCAAGGUUCGAGCAAGGAACGGGGCCGGCUGGGGAGACUGGAGCAAACAGCUGUACGUGAGGACCAGGGGAGAGGUUCGGCCAUCCGUGCUGGCCAUGCGCCAGACGUUGGCCAACACAACUUGUAUUGGGUUGCAGUGGGCGCCCCCUAGACAGAACAUCGAGUCGGUCCAUUCGUAUGUGGUAGGUAGGGUGGGGGGGGGUGACAGGGCUGCAGUGGGUGCCCCCUAG